CAUUCCAUUUGCACAUCCUCCACUCUCCUGCAGCUACUACUGGCCUUCUUCAUCCUCGGCCUUCUGAAUAUUCGGGAGGCGGUUUCAUGGAUGGACAAGAAGAAGUGUCCACUUUUCUGCUUAAACAGCAUGACGCGUUGCCAGGCCACCUGUGAUCAGCUGGGCGGUGGGCUUUGCAAGACGCUUUGCGAGCAGGACUACAACUUUUGCAGCCUUCGUUGCAAGAUGCGUGGUACAGAGAUUGGAAACACCGGGAAAAUGCAAAGGAGUCUUGCGUCUGCAAGGAAAUCCGCUGCUUUAUGCUUCUUCUCAAAGGCCACCUUGAUCCAAUUGCAUGUCCCGGACACUCAUGACUUAAGCCUUGCCAAAGGUCUUAAGGAGGCCGGUGUGAAAUCCAAGCUAGACUGA